GUCAGGGGGAGUCUACUCUAUUCAUUAACACGCAACACGCAAUAAAAACAGACAUGGAAGUCGGGUCAGCGGUUAGUGCUGUGAGGAGUAAGAGGGUACUGAUUGGCAACGAAGUCCGUCCUGCUGUGGUCGUAAUAAAGGAUGGGAAGAUCCAUCAAAUACUCUCAGGCAACAACUUUUCGGGGGAUGGUGGCUGUGAGGUGUUGGAUGUGGGUGACAGUGUGGUGAUGCCGGGUAUUGUAGAUUGCCAUGUUCAUGUGAACGAACCAGGACGCACCUCCUGGGAGGGUUUCUGGACCGCCACCAGGGCUGCUGCAGCCGGAGGGGUGACGACGAUUGUAGACAUGCCACUAAAUAGCAUUCCUGCGACCACCACACUGGGUAAUUUUCAUGAGAAGCUGCGUGAGGCGUCAGGGAAGUGUUUUGUGGACACAGCUUUCUGGGGAGGCGUGAUUCCUGGCAACCAGCUAGAACUGCGGCCCAUGAUCCACGCCGGAGUGGCCGGCUUCAAAUGUUUCCUCAUCCAUAGCGGAGUGGAGGAGUUUCCCCACGUGACUGACUGUGAUCUACACGCAGCCAUGAAGCAGCUGCAAGGCACAGGAAGUGUCCUGCUGUUUCACGCAGAGUUAGAUGUUCAGCAGACAACGGAGGAGACUGGUGACCCGUCUCAGUACUCCACCUUUCUGCGGUCCAGGCCAGACGUCAUGGAAACGGAGGCCAUUCGCACCGUCACAGAGCUCUGCCUGCAGUACCAGGUGCGGUGCCAUAUAGUGCACCUGUCCUCUGCGAAGCCACUGAAACUGAUCCAGAGGGCGCGGCAGGCUGGAGCCCCCCUGACGGUGGAGACGACCCACCACUACCUCAGCCUGUGUGCUGAGAACAUACCUGCAGGGGCCACACAGUUCAAGUGCUGUCCGCCCAUCAGAGGAUCUAAUAAUCGGGAGCAGUUAUGGUCAGCACUGAAAGAUGGGCAGAUCGACAUGGUGGUGUCCGAUCACUCUCCCUGCACCCCCGAUCUGAAGAAACUGGAUAGUGGAGACUUCACUCAGGCCUGGGGGGGAAUUUCUUCACUACAAUUUGGCUUGCCUCUGUUCUGGAGCUCAGCCAGUAAGAGAGGCUUUCAGCUGUCUGAUGUGGCGAGGCUUCUCAGCCAGAAAACGGCCCAGCUGUGCAGUCUCGACAACCAGAAGGGCAGCCUCUGCCCCGGCUAUGAUGCCGACUUGGUCGUAUGGGACCCAGAGAGAGAGUUUGAGAUCCAAGAAGCAGGCAUACACCAUAAAAACAAGAUAACUCCUUACCUUGGCUUUGCACUGCGGGGAGCGGUGUGUGCCACCAUCCUCAGGGGACGGCUGGUCUACAAAGACGGCUCCUUCAGCCCCGAGCCUCUGGGGAAACACCUCCUCAUCCCUCAGAGGAACAAUCAAGCCCAGCUGUGAAGCAAGAUGACAUCUACCAUUUCAUCAUAUUUCACUAUCCAAAAGUUUUUAAAUGAUAGUUUUCGUCUGUAAUAGAACUGGGAACAGACGCUGGUUUAACAGAUUGUUAAGACCCUUUUAAACAAAGCUACUGAAGCUAGAGAAAGACAACAUACAGAACGUGGUUAUGGACAUUAUGAGCUGAGUGUUAUUAUGGCAGGUGUGAUGGAAACAACAUAAACAGACUGAAUCAAUCUUAUAAUUGUGCGCAACACGUGUUUACAAAGACCCCAGACUGCUGCAUAUACGUUUUCAAGCAAAGUAUUUUCAGAUUCUCCUCAAAGACUGAACCGUGUGAUUUACACAUAAACGUCUCAUUGACUCAACUAUUCAACAUGUUUGGUUUAUUAUGUUAUUAUCAUUAUUAUGUCCUGAGAGUGGAGGUUUGAGGCAUGUGGAGUCUUCUGCCUUGAUUCUCUUACCUCUUACUCUAAAGGUGAUGAUUCUGACAAUACAACACUGUUUAAUGUAACUGAUGCACCAAAAUAAAACUC